AUGACGAAACCUCCCGCGCCGGGCACCUAUGUCAUCGUUAAUAAAGCUCUCUCCCCAAAUAACGAAAGGCUUGCGAUCACCUACAACGGUCUAGAUCAGCCUUUGACCGUGAACAUCAAGACCGAUUCUUCUCACCAGCGUUGGAUCGUUCAGGAUCACGACCAGAACACCAAAUCCUUGGUUCCUGUCGACGCUACUGCCCUCCAAGCUGCUUGGGGUGCAGACUGCGCGACAGCACUUCCAGCACAUAGUUAUGUAUGGACCAUUACAGAAACCGACUCAGGAUACAGUAUUCAAGAUGGUGUAGGAACUGCGUUUUGGGGAGUUGCGGAUGCAGUCGACAAUGCUCCGCUCGUCGCUGGGUCCGACACCGGCGACGAAAAGCACAGGUGGUCUUUCGAAAGAGUGCUGUAG